CCAUCGAACGACUCGAACCCACCAGGCGCCAAGCCCUCUUCCCCACCUUGGAAGGAAAAAAAAAAGGCACCAAAUCGAGAAGGCGAAUCGAAUUCGCCAUGGCUGCUCCGCGCGUGCCGCUCCCCCAGCUGCUGCUCCUCGUCGUCGCCGCGCUUGUCGCGGCCGCCCCCGUCCGGAGGGCGGUUGGGGCCGGCGAGUUCGACGUCCGCCGCCACCUCUCAACGGUCACCAGGUACGAUGUGUCCAGAGGGUCCAGUAGUGUCAACUCAAUGCCACCAAUCCCAGAUGGGUGCCGUGUCAUCCACCUCAAUCUUGUGGCAAGGCAUGGGACUCGCGCUCCUACCAAGAAGCGAAUCAAGGAGCUGGAUAGAUUGGCAAUUAGGCUGGAAGCUCUUAUGAAUGAGGCAAAACAAGGUCUCAAGAGUGAUUCUCUGAAGAAAGUUCCAUCCUGGAUAAAGGGCUGGGAGUCACGUUGGAAGGGUAGGACUAAAGGUGGUGAGCUGACUAGUGAAGGAGAAGAAGAGCUCUACAACUUAGCCACCAGAGUGAAGGAGAGGUUUCAAGACCUAUUUGAUGAUGAAUAUCACCCUGAUGUAUAUUCAAUAAGAGCAACCCAGGUUUCUCGAGCAUCAGCUAGUGCAGUAGCAUUUGGUUUUGGAUUGCUUUCUGGGAAAGGAAAGCUUGGACCAGGGAAGAACCGUGCCUUUUCUGUUCUGAGCGAGAGUCGUGCAAGUGAUAUUUGUCUCAGAUUCUUUGACAGCUGUGAAACAUACAAGGCAUACAGGAAAAGGAAGGAGCCUGAUGUCGAGAAGCAAAAGGAGCCGAUUCUGGAGCAUGUCACAGCUGCACUUGUCAAUCGUUAUCACCUCAAUUUUACAACUCAGGAUGUCUCUUCCCUCUGGUUUCUUUGUAAGCAGGAAGCAUCUUUAUUGAAUAUAACCAAUCAAGCUUGUGGGCUUUUUAAUGAAGCUGAGGUUUAUUUUCUAGAGUGGACAGAUGAUCUGGAGGGUUUUGUUCUAAAAGGCUAUGGUGAGUCAAUUAACUACCGUAUGGGACUGCCAUUGCUCAAGGAUGUUGUCCAGUCAAUGGAAGAAGCAAUCAUAGCUAAAGAAGAAAACCACCCCGAUGGUACAUAUGAAAAGGCAAGGCUCCGAUUUGCACAUGCAGAAACUGUUGUUCCUUUCAGCUGCCUUCUUGGUCUUUUUCUUGAAGGCUCAGAUUUUGAAAAGAUACAACAGGAGGAAGCAUUGGACGUACCCCCUAUGCCACCACAGGGAAGAAACUGGAAGGGCAGUGUUGUAGCUCCUUUUGCUGGUAACAAUAUGCUGGUUUUAUAUCAAUGCCCAGGAAAAACUUCGGAUGCAAGCACUUCUGGGGGUCAAAAUAACUCGUACUUCGUUCAAGUUCUACACAAUGAAGUCCCAGUUUCAAUGCCAGGGUGCGGCAACAAAGACUUCUGUCCAUUCGAGGAGUUCAAGGAGAAGAUAGUCAAACCACACCUGAAGCAUGACUACAACAUGAUAUGCAAGAUCAAUCCCCCUGUGGCGUGCGAUGAGCCUGCUUCGUUCACCACCAAGGUGUCCAGUUUCUUCGUAGGAUUGUUCUCGCAGAAAGGGUACCGCGCCGUGAGCGCUGAAAGCGUCAAGACCGAGUUGUAAGCCACGCUAGCAAUCAUCUGCCACCGUCACCAUCAGACGCAGACCUGCAACCGUGUCUGCGUGCGAGCACGAGCAGAGAACGAGAUUAACCGACGCACUAACCUGAGGUGUUUUGUACGGCCGAGUCGAAACUCGAAAGUGUAUGAGGCGUCAGUUCUUCAGGGAAAGAUGCCUCUGACAAUGUAAAUUCAGUUUCAAUUCAGACUCUUCUUCGUGGUGAGAUGCAUCGCAUCGAGGUCGUCGAGGCGUAGCUCUCCGCUGUUGCAUCA